AUGGUGCUAUUCAUGGUGCUGGCAAUACUCUUGCUGCCUCAUUCGGUGUGCAAUGCUCAUGUUGAUAACUGUGCAGCUGGUGAUCCUCUUGCUAUUGAUCACAAGUACUAUCAGCCAGGGGACUUUAUUGUUGCUGCCAUUAUUUCUCACAUCUUCAUCGCUUCUGAACUAAUAACCUUCACAAGACAUCCAUCUGAGGAACUGAUAGAUGAGCUCAUGGUUGUUUUGCAGGUCUACCAGAAUAUUAUGGCCUUGGUAUUUGCUAUAAAGGAAAUCAAUGCAAGUCACAAGAUCUUACCUAAUGUCACCCUAGGCUUCAACAUCUACAAUAGCCGCUUCAUGGCAAAGUGGACCUAUUUGGCCUCAAUGGAACUUCUCUCCACGCAGGGCAAAUUCAUCCCAAACUACAAGUGUGAUGACCAGAGCAAUUUAGCAGCAGUCAUUGGUGGACCUAACUCUGAUGUCCCUCUCUUCAUGGCAUCCAUCCUGGGCAUCUACAAGAUUCCACAACUCAUAUAUGGCUCUGUUCCCAUAAUGAAUAACAACCCUCAAGCUGUUUUUUCCCAGCGGAUGUUCCCAAAUAUGGAGUAUCAGUACAGAGGGAUUGUCCAGUUGUUGUUGCAUUUCAAGUGGAUGUGGAUUGGUGUGAUUUAUACAACUAAUGACAGUGGAGAAUGGUUUCUAGAGAACGUGCUUCCCAUGUUUUCCCACAGUGGUAUAUGCAUCGAUUUCAUAGAAAAACGGGCUAAAGAUUCUUUUUCCAUGGAAAAUAUGAUCAGCGAGGGAUUAGCAACAUCCUAUGUUAUUGUAAACAGUACGGCCAGUGUUGUGGUCUUCAGAGGUGAAAUUGAGUCUAUUAUGUUUUUCAGACUGUUUGCCAGUCUUUUGCAAUUUAAUAUUUUAUCAAUGAAGACAAAAUGGAAAGUUUUUAUUUUUACAGCUCAGAUGGAGUUUUCAUCACUACCCGUUCACAUAAUAUGGAACAUAGACGUUCUACAUGGUGCUAUCUCCUUUGCAGUUCCUUCAAAGGAUGUGUUAAACUUUCCAAACUUCCUUCAAAGCAGAAACCCUACAACAGAAGAAGAAGAUUCCUUUUUGAAGGUUAUUUGGGAACAGGUAUUUGGAUGUUCUUUGUCUAACUACACUGCUGAUGAAAAUGUAGACAGAGUCUGCACUGGGGAGGAGAAUCUAAAAACACUUCCUGGAUCUCUUUUUGAAAUGCACAUGAGUGCCCACAGCUACAGUGUCUACAAUGCGCUCUACGCUGUGGCAUAUGCUUUGCAAUCCAUGCAUUCAUCCAAAUUCAAAGACAGAACAAUAUUAAAUGGAGGGAGACAGAAGCUUUUGAUUCAAGAGCCAUGGCAGGAUAUGAAUCAGGAUAUGAAUCAGCCCAAAUCAGUGCAAAGCCCUAAUCAUUACCAUGAUCUGACCUUACUACCAGCCUUGGGUCAGGCUCCAUCUGUGGGCAAGAAGCCAGGGUCCUGCAAUGGGUCUGAGGAAGGACUGUUGCACCCAUGGUGA